UCGAGGCGCGCAUCGAAUCAAUCGCUAAAUCAUAAUCGAUUUAUUAAUUAAUCUCGUUAUUUUUUUAAUUGACUAUUUCUAAUAUUAUUAAUCGUUUAUAAAUCUUUGAACUGUUUAAUUACAAUUACGUCCAUUUAUUUCGAUCAUUGAAGUUAAAUUAUUUUCUUUUCUCGCGCUCUAUUAUCAAAUGCAUGUGUAUGGAAAUGUGAAUAUGUGGCUUGUGCGUAUGGCAUGUACAGUCAAGAACAAAAAUAAAUGGACAUUAGAGAUGGUUAUCGAUAAAGUUUUCUUAAAAUACUGCCAUUAUUAUGCACUUCAAUCUUAUUUAGUUAUUUAAUUAUUUAUUUCAUCGCGAAAUAUAUGUAAUAUGUAAUAUGUAAACAUAUUUAUUUGCAACUUACUUUUGCCCUCGACUGUAUAUACUAAUUGUAAAUAUUCGAUUCAUAUUCAGAAAACUAAAGACAUCAUCAACGAAAAAUUGAGAAUGUUCGAAAAUAAUUUCUAAAUGGGAUGCAAUUAAUUGUAUCGUCAUAUUAUGCUUUAGAUAUGUGCUGAAUAUUGCAGGAACAAUGCAUAAAAAAUGAAUUACGUAAUGGUUACACACCGGUUUAUGAUUUUCUCCUACAUCACUGUCAGCUUAAGGCGCAACAACGAACGACUUGGAAAGAUUCUAACUUUACUUUUUUUCUUUUUCCUUACUUGCUUUUCUUUUCUGGAAUGCAUAAUAUUGAGACUUGUUUCUUCUACGAUUAAGUGCGAGUAACUUGACUUGUCUAAUUCCUUUCACUCUUAAAUUAAAAUACAAUGUCACAAGUUAAAAUAGUCACCAGCGAUAUUCUCUUAGAAUUCUUAGAAGUUGCGUUUAAUCAUAUACUUUACUAUAGAAAAUUAUAUCCAAAAGAAACCUUUGUUAAGAAAAAAAUUUAUGGCGCAGUGGUCCAUGUCUCAGAACAGCCAGAACUUAAUGAAUACUUGAGAAAUGUUUUAACUGCUAUUAAAGAAUUACUUAAAGAAGAUGAAAACAGCGUCAAAGCUGUAAACCUUGUUGUUUUUAAUGAAAAUAGAACACCCAUUGAAAAGUUCGUUUUUGACUUUGUCAAGUUACAGGCGCAAGGAAUUGAAAUUGAUCCAUACUAUCUUAAAACUGAAGAAGCUUUGAGAACGAUCUGUUUAAAAUUAUCCAUAUGUGAAACGUAUUUAAAACCCCUUCCAAAAAAUGCAUCAUUUUCUAUAGAAAUUCAAACGUAUGAAACUGCCCAUGUAUCUCUCAGUGAAAAUCCGUUAUGCGAAGAUUUCCCUUGGAUUGUUGACGAUGAAAGUAGAGAAAUGAUUAAUAAAAAAUUAUUACCUCUGAAGACGGUUAAAACGGAAUGCUUAAAUUUACAGAUAUACGUACUCCAAAAUGGAGAAAUCUAAGAUAUUUUGUAAUAUGAUGUAAUAAAGACAAUAAAUAAAUUUGUUUUUAUAUAUACAA